AUGAAACCAACCACCUUCCUAGCCCUCCUGGCUCCAGCUGCCGUCCUCGCCGACUCACAACCCGCAACUGGCGGCGUCUCCUCCGACUUCGCGCACAAAUCCCCCGCAGUUUCAAUACCGGAACUUGCUCCGCGGGAGCAUUUUGCUCAUAUAAUCGAUCGCGACUUGCCCCUGUCGGAUGAGAUGCACCUGUUGACUGCGAGGCAUGUUCUCCAGGCGCGCAGUGAGGGUUCUCUUGGCCAGACGCCAUGGAUUGGCAUGGCUAUAGGGUUGACCUUUACUGCUUUGGCAGCUGUUAUGCUGGGGUGA